AUGGAUCUGGCUACGACCCCAGGAAUACCGCCACCGGAGGGCCAGGAGUCGCAUUUUCAUGAGCCUUAUAACUCGUUGCAAACAGGGACUGUCAUCGCCUUCGGCAUCACCUAUUUCAUUGCUACGGUUUUCCUUGCUCUUCGCUACUUCCAGGCUGCCAAGCUGAUCAAGAAGAUUGAGAUAGAUUUGAUCACCAUCACGAUUUCCUAUGGCGUUGCGCUGGUCUAUUUUGUGACUAUGGUCAGCCUAAUGAACUAUGGCUGGGGAAAGCAUAUGUGGAAUGUUAACCUGCAAGAUCUCAUGGAGUUCAAUAAAGGACUGCUAAUCAAUACUUUGACAUAUCUGAUAUGUCCAUGCAUUACCAAGAUGGCCAUUUUGUCUGUGUUGUUUCAAAUCAAUCCCGCAAAGACAUACCGUUGCCUCGUCGUGGCUGUCGCAGUGACGAUCUUUGCAUACACCCUGACCUUAUGCAUCAUCACUGGAGGACCAUGUAAUCCUCUCCAUGCAGGAACUACAGCAUGUCUAGAAAACGUCGCCCUAUCUCAAGCAGUUCUGAACAUUGCCUCUGAUUUGACUGUGAUCGCUAUCCCAAUCCCGACGAUCCAUGGUCUCCAUUUUUCAGCGAAACAAAAAGUCACAGUCGGCUGUCUGCUAGCUCUAGGAUCUGGCGUCAUAAUAUGCUCAAUAGCGCGCCUACCAUACGUUUUGCUCCUCAGCAAAACUACCGACACAACCUACACCGAAGCCAUCCUAGGAGUAUGGUCCCUCGUCGAGGUCAACCUCGGUAUCAUCUGCGCCUGCGCAAUGCGGUUCAAACGCCUGAUCGCGAUGUAUCUGCCGCGGCUUUCGCUAUUCUCAUCGCGCUCGCACAGCACUGCGAAACUCACGGAGGACAUCUCUGGAAACAGAUUCCAGCCCAAAAAUAAUAGAGGACAGCACUCAUACCAGCUGCAUAGCAUCCAGGAUGGGCGCGACGAUGCGUUUGUCGACACAAAAAAUAUCUCCGUCCACCGAUCGUUCGAGAUGGCUGAGGAACGCACACAGGUGUAUCACAGGGAUAAUGAUAGCGCUGAUCAAAUUUUGGUUUGA